AUGAUGAAGCACCAAUGCACCAUAAUGAGCUCUUUUGUUUUAGCCUUUCUAGUUUUCUCUUCCCAUCAUUCAGAAGCAAAGUCUGAGUUGGAAAGGGGCGAUUCUUUAUCCGUUGAGGGUGGUGAAUCAGAUUUUCUAACCUCCCCAGACAAAACAUUCACCUGCGGUUUCUUAGGAUUGGGCAGCACCAAUGCCUACUGGUUUGCAAUUUGGUACACCAAUUCCAGGGACAAAACCGUUACCUGGGUGGCCAACAGAGACAAACCUGUCAACAGCCAAGGUUCAAGGUUGUCGCUCAGAAAAGAUGGAACCAUGACAGUUUCUGACGUGGAUGGCACCGUCGUGUGGGUGACUGACACCAUAUCAGAUGACGUCCAUAGAGCUGAGCUUCUUGAUACUGGAAACCUUGUCCUCCGGGAUCCGAACGGCGAAAUUCUCUGGGAAAGUUUCAGUUUUCCCACUCAUACUUUACUCCCUCAUCAAGAGAUCAGAAAGAACUAUAGAUUCACCUCUCAUUUAAGAAAUGGGAGCUUUGAACCAGGGUACUACAGUUUCUACUUUGACAGUGACAAUGUUCUGAAAUUGAUCUAUGAUGGGCCUCAGGUUUCAAGUAUUUAUUGGCCUAAUCCAAGAAUUGACAUAUACGCAAGUGGGAGAACCAGCCAAAACAGUUCCAGAAUUGCUUCCUUUGAUGACAUGGGAACGUUUUCAUCGAGCGACUUUCUGCACUUCAAUAGUACUGACAUGGGAGCUGGGAUCAAGAGAAGGAUGACAAUGGACAAUGAUGGGAACCUCAGAAUGUACAGCUUGGACGAUUCGACGGGGACAUGGGAGAUAACAUGGCAGGCAUUUCAACAAACAUGUGAUAUACAUGGGACAUGUGGAAGAUUUGGUAUUUGCGAAUAUUCACCGGCUUCACAACCCAGGUGUUCAUGUCCCCCAGGGUUUGUGGUAGCUAAUUCAAGUGACUGGAGGGGAGGCUGUAGGGCUUUGUUCAAUGAAACAGCUUUAAUGGCUCAGCCAAUCAAGUAUUUGGAGAUUUCUCACACUGAUUACUACGGGUUUGAUCUUAACAACAGCCAAAUGUCUCUGGAAGACUGCAAGGCUUUGUGUAGAGAAGAUGAUCGUUGUCGAGCAUUUACCUACAGGAAAAUUGGGGAAGCAAAAUGUUACACCAAAAGUGUGCUUUACAAUGGGUACAGAUCUCCAGAUUUUCAAGGGAGUACAUAUCUAAAACUCCCCAGGAAUUUGACACCACCAGAAUCAAAUUCUGCAAUUCUCAAACCUUCUGAUGUAGUAUGUCCCUCGAUCGUAGAAGAACUUCUUGUUCGUUCUCAUUACGAAACGAAAACUAGGAAGGUGAGAUGGGUUUAUCUCUACUCGUUUUGUUCAGCCCUGGGUGGGAUUGAAGUUCUUGUGAUUCUGUUGGGAUGGUGGGCUUUAUUCAGCAAGCAUGGGAUCCCAGCUUCACUGGAGAAUGGAUAUUCCAUGUUAUCCAGUCAGUUCAGGAGGUUCACUUAUGCAGAACUCAAGAAGGCAACCAAGAAUUUCCAGGAAGAACUAGGGAGAGGCGGCUCGGGGGCUGUUUACAAAGGCGUUUUGGGAGAUGAAAGGGUGGUGGCAGUGAAGAGACUUGGGGAUGAGUUUGAAGGAGAAGAACAAUUCUGGGCAGAGAUGACCACAAUCGGUAAAAUCAACCACAGGAAUUUAGUGAGAAUGUGGGGUUUUUGUGCAGAAAGGAAACACCGCCUUUUGGUCUACGAAUUUGUACAAAAUUCGUCACUGGACAAGCACAUUUAUACCUCAAAUUUUCUUGGUUGGGAAGAAAGGUUUGAGGUCGCAUUAGGCACGGCCAAAGGGCUGGCAUAUCUUCACCAUGAAUGCCUGGAAUGGGUGAUCCAUUGUGACGUGAAACCAGAAAAUAUACUUCUCACCAUCGACUUCGAACCCAAGAUUGCAGAUUUCGGCCUGGCCAAGCUAUCUCAAAGAGGCGACCCUGGAUCAUAUUUCACCAGAAUUCGAGGGACAAAAGGUUACAUGGCUCCCGAGUGGGCUCUAAACCAGCCUAUCACUGCAAAAGUAGAUGUCUACGGUUACGGCGUGGUGAUCCUGGAAAUGGUGAACGGGAACAGGAUCUCCAGAUGGGUUGCGGAAGAGGGUGACGAUGAUCCCCAGGAAACAAACAUGAAAAAGUUUGUCAUGGCAGUGAAAGGGAAAAUAGAAUCUGGAGAAGAGACAUCAUGGGUGGAUGAUAUAGUGGAUAAAAGACUGGAAGGGAAGUUCAGCAGGUGGCAGGCUAAGACACUGAUCCAGGUGGGUCUUUCAUGCGUGGAGGAAAACAAGAACUUGAGGCCUACAAUGGCUUCGGUGGUACAAACGCUGCUGGAAUGUGUAAACGAAACGGCGGCAUUACAAAUUUCAGACGUAGUCCCAUGCAGCAUUUGA